AGCUUUGUUCAUAUGUUUGCUCAUAUGUUAGAUGAGUUUGUGCAUAAUUAGCUUUGGGUUUAGGGGGCUGAGGGGGUGAUAUGUGUAUUGAAUUGUGCAUAUCUAAAUAUGGUUGGACACAUUUUCCUUAAUUAACCUAUAGCAAAUUCAGGAAGGACUUUCACCUAACCACUUAAAAAAGGCAAAGCUGAUGUUCUUUUACACAAGAUACCCAAGCUCCAACAUGCUCAAGAUGUUCUUCUCUGAUGUGAAGUUCAACAGAUGCAUCACUUCUCAGCUCAUCAAGUGGUUCAGCAACUUUCGAGAGUUCUACUACAUUCAGAUGGAGAAGUUUGCACGGCAAGCGAUCAAUGAUGGUGUCACAGGCACAGAGGAACUGAAUGUCACGCGGGACUGUGAGCUGUACAGGGCCCUCAACAUGCACUACAACAAGGCAAAUGACUUUGAGGUAGGACUUUGUCUGGUUUGUAAUGUAGAAGGAAUUUGCCUAGUGGCAGAAAAUAAAUACAUAUUGUUAUACAAUGGUACUAAGAUCCAGUCACCUAAAUAUUGUAUUUCUAGUGUCAAUUUCAAUGACUUGCAAGUGACGGAUUAAGUAAAACCUCGCAAAAUGUGUUUAUUCUUCUUUACAAUUCCUGUUGUGUUUUUUUUUAAAUAGAUCAAUAUAUUCUUACCUUUAAGCUUCAGUUUAGCAGGCAUGCUUGUAUAUGCAAGAUAAAACAAAUGAUGCAAAAUAGUUGUAAGGCAAAACACUGUAUUACAAGCAGUUGCCUUUUUUAAGUGCACUUUCCACUACUGGCUGAGGUCUGCAAGUUUCUGUUGUAAUAUUUAGAAAUCAUUAAAAUAUUGUACUGGUCAGAUAAACUCCCAGUUUGCUAGCAAAUUAGUACCAGCUAUUUAAAAUGAAGUAUCUAAUUAUGUGUUUAUUUUCCAUAGCAUUGGUGACAAUAUUAAUUUAACCAGAUUUCUGGUCUAUUUCUCAAAUUGAUGUCCAGUGACCACCUGUGGGAAAAUCCUAGGUGAUCCCUGAAACAUCCCCAAAAUCAUGCAUCUACCACACUCUGAUCCAUUAAUCUGCUAGUAAACACAGCAUAUCAACAAACACAAUCUGUGACUCCUAACAUCAUCCUAGUUGCUAUUUAUCUACCUGAAUAUCUCAAUAUUUUUAAUUGCUAAUAUGCAACAAUGUGCUUCCCUUUACAAUUACAAUGACAUUUUGCACAACAGAAAACUUUGAACUAUUUAAAAUAAGCAAUAAUUCUCAUGACCUAAUUUGCCAUUCUCAUGGUAUAUAAUGAAUACAUUUAUAUAUUAUCGGUCCACAGUUGUUGUGGUCUAUGGAAGGAUCUAUAAUCGUCGAGAUACAGCAUUUGACUAUAGAUCUUUACAAGUUGUAGGUGUGUCUAGCUAGUGCCAGGCACACAUUUUAAAGAAUGAACCUUAUUUACAUAUGAACACUUCGAAUUUGCAAGCUGAAAGAAAAAAAAAAAAAACAUGAAUACGACUUUUUAUGGCUGAGAGGUAAGUUAGGACAGAUAUUUUGCAUAUUUGGCUCACCAACAGGUGCCUGAUCUAAGUGCCGAUUAGAAGCUUGGUUCAGAGAUCUUUUGCUAAGCAAUGCAAAUUUUCCAGAAAAAACAAUUAUAAAGAACGUUGCAUUAUCAUACAUCUGUUACGAUGCUCAAUUUUAUAACCUGUAAUUUUGAACACAAGUGGAAGAAAAACAACUAAGACUAAGGCUAAAAUAUAAAGAAUAACUGAGGUUGAAUACCUUUACCUGAAUUUAUCCUCCUCUACCUGUCAAGUACUGCUUACACAGAACCAUGAAAGUGGAACCCAAGCCGAUUCAGCAAAUUGUACUUUAACAUCAUCAGAGUUCCUUCCACCUUGCUUGUGUCUCAUGAAUGAAUAUGUCCUCCUGUUUUGCUGAUCUUUUGAUGUUAAUCUAGUCUGUCAUUGUGCUUCAGCAAUAUGCUUUCUUUUCCUUUUGAGUUGUUGUUGUUGUUUUCUUUUUCUGCUGCCUUUUAUCCUCUAUAAAUGUCUUUAUUUCCUUCACUAACUUGUAAUGAAGUAAUUGUUGCAUUCCUUAUUAUGGAACAAGUCGGAGCUGUAAUUAAAGCAAGUUCAUUAAUUGCCUUUGUUGCGUUCAUGUUUGUGUCUGCUAGUGUUUCCCCUUUCAAGCUUUCUUAGUUCCCCUCAUAAGACAGUUUGCUGUGUAAUUACUGCAGAUUUGCUGCCCC